AUGCUAGCUUCCUUGUUGCGUCCCAAAGUACGACGCUCACCAUUUGAAGAGAAUCCCUCGACUCAUUCUCCGACGGCAGUUCCCAGCGACAAUUCCCCGUGGAUCCGCUCAGCCGCUCAUCGAAACGGACCGCACGCGCGACGAGCCCGGAAGCACAAAGACAAUUCGGCACCGGGACUGGGUAAUAUUGACGAGGAAAUGGUCCACGAUUGGGAGGACCAAGAUGACGAGGAUGAGGAUGAGCACGAUGUCGAGGAAAAUGGACUGCUCGAGUCUGCGCCACUCUUGCCCAGAUUCUCAACCUCUGACUUGGAUUCCGUACCCGUCUACGACCUCACUCAUGCAAUUCGACCAUUGAUCGUUUCUCGCUGCGAGACAACUUUGACCUGGGAGCAGCUGCGGUCCCCCCAGGUAUCCCAGUUCCUGGUGAAGCCUAUCCAGCAAAAGAUCAUGUCCGCUCACUUCUCUCGAGCUACACUUUAUGCAUUGAUGGCAAAUUGCCUGCAAUUUGGGAAGGAGAUCCAGCUCAACCUGGGGAACAGCGGCGCCAGCCAAACCCGUGCCAUGGUCAGCGAGCUACUGGCGAUCAAGCUACUGAAGGAAUACGACACGAGAGAAUUGAUCGACGCUUUGUCCUAUGAAUUCUACCCUCUGCAAGGACAGGAUCCCACAAGAAAUUGGGCGACUGGAACCCAAGGGAAAAGAGAAGCAUCGACAAGUCGGGUUUCAUGCCUUGAGGUGGCGAUUCGAGCACAAGCAAAACGCUUCCUGUCUCAUCCAGUCGUUGUGCAGCAAUUGGAGGCGAUCUGGGCUGGUACCAUUGUAUUCCACUCCGCGUCAGAUAGUUUACAUCGACGAAAUCACCAGAGAGGCAUGCACCAUCAUGGUAGGUAUUACGGAACUGCGACAGAUCGCCAGGAUGACCAGGCGACCUCUUCUGGGACGCAGACUUUUCGUCGCUCCGUUACACUCUACAAUCCGCGAGACGCAUCGCUGUUCAAGCUCUCUCGUCUUCGAGUUCCGCGUUAUCGCCAAUUCCUGUCCACCUUGUCUUUCGCGGUCCUAUUGGGCCUCUUCUUAGCUGUGCUACAGCAACGAAGCCGCCAAAUCACGUCCCUAGAGGUGGUGUUUUGGUUCUGGAGUGCAGGCUUCCUGCUCGAUGAGAUUGUUGGGUUUAACGAACAAGGGUUCAGUCUUUACCUGAUGAGUUUCUGGAAUGUCUUCGAUCUCGGGAUUUUGCUCUUGCUCGUGUGCUAUUAUUGCCUGCGAAUAUACGGAGCCUUCUUGACAUACCCACGAAAUCGGCAAUUCGCCAACCAGGCAUAUGACGUACUGGCUGCCAACGCGGUGCUGCUGUUUCCCCGACUCUUCUCGAUUCUCGACCACUACCGCUAUUUCUCGCAACUGCUCAUUGCCUUCCGCAUCAUGGCAUCUGACUUGAUCGCUGUGUUCGUUUUGAUUGUGGUUGCCUGCAGUGGUUUCUUCGUCGCUUUCCUAUCUUUCGGCUCAGAAAACUCGCCCAACACUGUAGCCUAUGCAUUAUUCCAGAUGUUGAUGGGAUUCACGCCAACCGCUUGGGCAAUGUGGACUGAGUACAAUGCCCUGGGGAAGACCAUCCUGACCAUCUUCCUGUUCAUCUGUCACUUUGUGGUGGUCACGAUUCUGAUCACCGUUCUCACGAACUCCUUCAUGCGAAUAGUGCAGAACGCUGACCAGGAGCAUCAAUUCCUGUUUGCCGUAAACACCAUCUCCAUGGUCAAAUCAGACGCACUAUUCUCCUAUGUCGCCCCAACCAACAUCAUUGGGUGGCUGCUCACACCCCUCAGGUAUCUGAUGCCAUUCACUCAAUUCAUCCGCCUGAAUCGAACGAUCAUCAAGAUCACACAUCUUCCAGUGCUGUUUACGAUAUGCUUCUACGAGAAACUUAUCUUGAGCCCGCGAGUGAUUGAACCGAUCGAUCUGAUUGACGUACCUGCCAACUCGGAGGCAGAGCAUAUGCAGAGAUGGCGCCCCAACAGAUUACGUGCUUUCAGCAACCGCCCGCGUCUCGUACGCGAGCCUUCGUUCACGACACACAAUAAGGACCAGACGCUGGAUGAGGUCUUCCGGCAACCAUACGGUGAUAGCGGCUCGCGUGACCGUCCGCAGAAUGUUCGCGAUCAUCAGAAGAGCACCGUUAUCAAGGAUUGGAUGCAAGAUAUUGGAUCUGGUGCAGCGCAAACGCCAGAUGAACAGGAUUCGACGGCGGGUGACAUGCUUGAGAUGCCGGUUCGUCGGCUAAGGUUUCCCUUCCGGGGCGCUCUGGCCCAUCCUGGGCGCAACUUUACUGAAACGACUCGGUCUGUGGCCUCUAACCCGGAAGAUCGAAUGAGCCGCAUCGAGAGCCCUGUCUUCAAUCGUCGAGGGAGAAACUCGGCAUCACCCAGCCGUCUCAGGCAGCCUUCCCAUCACACCGACAUGGAGGGCGAUGACGAACUCACAAGCGACGAUGACAAUGAAUCGCAGACGAAAAAUUCUGCCAACGGCUCGGCCAGUGGAAGCGAGGAUGCCUCAAAGCGAGUCGACAACAGCGAAAAAACUACACCACAAUUUUUCAGCUCACGUCCGUCCACAGCGCGCGUGUCUCGGCGCAGUAGCCCCAUGCGCCGGCCACGACACAGUCGAACAGUAUCGGGAGCCACCAUGCUUUACAAUCCCAUUCAAUCGCCUCGUAUGGGCAGUGAGAAAAAUAUGAAUCAACAUCGAAACGAAAGCGCCUUCUCAGACGAGACUGAUCGACUGCAAUUUAUGUCUACUUCUGUAGAUCAGGGUCUUGUUGAGAGGUCGGCAAUUUCUCGCAAUACGAGUUUCGCUGCAAUGUCGGUCCCCGAGACAGAAGGCUUGUACUCGAUGGAUCAGCCCGCCUCAAAGGGUCGUCAGCCACCUCUUCUCUUCGAUCUGGGUUCCGAUCUUGGCGAUAACAAAGCAGUUGUGGGAGCAUUUGCCGGCCCGGUUCCAUCCAGUUUCAACACCCAACUGGCCUUUGCCACAGGAGGACUUCGUCGGGAAGGAUCCAGUCAGUCCCAGACUCAAGACAUGCUCAGCAAGCUCGUGUUAGCCCGAAUGAACAACAUAGAGGAAGGCUUCCGAGAAGUGAUCAAGGAAGUAAAGGACCUUCGUCUGGCUGGAUCCAGUCGUAGUCGCAGUCACAGUGGAACCCGUGUCAAGGAGUCUCGUCCUCUGAACCGGGAGAGAAAGAAGACCGGGGAAAGGCGAGAUUUCAAAAAGCGCAGACCUACCUCUUCCGGAAAUAACUCAGCUGGACGUGAAGGAGAGGUGGAAGAAAAGGACUCUGCUGGGAAAUGA